AAGCUCUCUCUUGCUUUUGUUUAAACCCUUCGACGAGGAAGAAACGAAGGGAAGAAGAGGAAGCAACAAUGUUCAGGAAUCAGUACGACACAGAUGUGACGACAUGGAGUCCGACGGGUCGUCUAUUUCAAGUAGAGUACGCCAUGGAGGCAGUGAAGCAAGGCUCAGCGGCAAUCGGGCUCAGAUCUCGCUCCCAUGUCGUCCUCGCUUGCGUCAACAAGGCUCAAUCCGAGCUCUCUUCCCAUCAGAGGAAGAUCUUCAAGGUCGACGACCAUAUCGGCGUCGCCAUCGCCGGUCUCACAGCCGACGGUCGUGUUCUGUCGCGUUACAUGAGAUCCGAGUGCAUCAACCAUUUCUUCACAUAUGAGUCUCCUCUUCCCGUCGGCCGUCUUGUUGUUCGUCUCGCUGAUAAGGCCCAGGUCUGUACCCAGCGGUCGUGGAAAAGGCCUUAUGGUGUGGGUUUGCUGGUAGGUGGCUUGGACGAGUCCGGGGCCCACCUCUACUACAACUGCCCAAGUGGAAACUACUUCGAGUACCAAGCAUUCGCUAUCGGGUCCCGAUCACAAGCUGCAAAGACAUACUUGGAACGUAGGUUCGAGAGCUUCAUGGAUUCGUCAAGAGAAGACCUGAUAAAAGAUGCCCUCUUGGCCAUACGGGAAACGCUGCAGGGGGAAUCAUUUAAGAGCUCUAUUUGCACGGUUUCGGUUUUAGGGAAGGGUGAACCGUUUCAUUUCGUGGAGCAGGAAACCUUACAGAAGAUGAUUGACUCGUUCGAGAAGGUGGAAGAGGAAGCGGAGCCUGGUGAGGGCGAGUCCGCUGAUGCUGGUGCUGGUCCUGGCGCUGAGGAACAUGGCUCGGGUGGUCAAGACGUCGCUCCAAUGGAAAUGUGAGGAUGAACAGAAUUUGUAUGGAACAUGGGAACCAUCAUCUGAUGUUAGUUCUGGAUUUUACUUUUUCCGGAUAUUUCUCUAUAAAUGUUUUUCCGAAAUGGCUGUGGAUGUUAAGAGUGUUUGUGAUCCUCGUUGAGUAUGAAUCAUUUGAUCCGUA